AUGCAGUUCUGUGGCUGGUUGAUGUUCUGCUGUCUGACCGUCUCUCUGCUUCACUGCAGCGCCGACGGCUUCAGAGUCCAACACCGAGCUGCACAGCACAUAGACCGGCCCCAGCCCAGCUCCCAGGCGAAGGCGGGGGGGCAGCUGACGGAGAAGCUGCUGCGAGUCGACCAGCUGGCGAGGAUGGAGAAUGACGUCAUGGAGCCGAAGAGGAAGAGGAGUUUCCCCGGCAACAGCGUGCCGAUGGACCGCCUGUCAAUCAGCUCCAUGGAAACCAAGCUGGGAUCCAACAAGCAGAGCAAACAAGUGGAAACCUCCCGACGGCGGAUCAACCCUCCUCCCAUCGACAGAGUGGGAAUGAGCCGUCUACCAAACAGCAGAGGAUAG